UUGCCUUUGUUUUUGUUUCUCCCUCUCUCCUUUCACGACAACCAACCACCAACCACAACAGCUCUUUGUUUUGCUUGCUGUGUGCAUCGACGUGUGUGCGUGUGUGCGUGUGUUGCUUGACGGCGUGUACAGAUCCAUCACAUCAAAUAAGAUUGUGUCGUUUUGCUUGCUUUAGCUUGUUGCGCUAUCAUUAGCUCAACGCAGCUCAGCUCAACUCAGCUCAACGCAGCUCAACGCAGCUCAACUGUGCACUUUGGUGGUGGUGCAAGUACGCGCAAGCAUGGCAGACGAGGAGUUUGAGGGCUUUGGGUUUGACGAGGAGGAAGACCACGGGUUUGGGGAUUUCGGGGCGGAAGCAGAACAGAUGCCAGAGCCAGAGACGGGCGCAUCUGAGUCGGUUGCGCGGCAGGCGGAUGCAGCACCUGGCGAAGGCGCACAGGCAGUGAGCGAGACGCCCACCCCCUCAGAGGCGACCACAACAACAAGCAACGGCGAGGCGCAGGCAGAGUCUGCCACCUCCUCAGGCGAUGUGUUGGACUCCGUGGGCCACGGCGAGGACGUGCGGCUGGAGCGGUCUGGAUGGCUGCGAGUUCUGGAGCCUCGCAAGACGCUGUCGCGUCGUGGCGGGUUGAAGGAGCGGUGGUUUAACCUCCAGGACGGCGUGCUCAAGUACUCGUCCUCGGUCACGUCCAAACCCAUCUCCACCAUCGACGUGGGCAAGAUCACCUCCAUUGUCGAGCACCGGGAGCAGCCGGAGGCGUUUACCUUGAUCAUGGACAAGAAGUCGCUCGACGUCAUUGCGCGCGAGGAGGCCGACGCACGCUCGUGGGUUGCGUCGCUUCGUAAGGCCCAAAAGUCCGUAUCGUCCACUGGAAACUUUGGCGGCUCCACGGGCUCUGCUCUGCUCUUCUAGGCCACCGCGCGUGCGUGUGUGGGACAAUAUGUGUAUGUACUCGUGCGCGUGCGUACGCGUCUGUGUGUACUUUUGUGUGUGUGUGUGUGUGUGUGUGUGUGUGUGUGUGUGUGUGUGUGUGUGUGUGUGUGUGUGUGUACGUGUGUAACGACACCCACGCUUGUGUUUUUCCAUCUGUCAGCCUCCUUGUUCUUGUUGCUGUUCACGCCUGUAUUACCUCCCCUCCCCCUUUGGUGUCCUAUGCUCUUUUCGAUCAACUGGCAAGCCAUAUUCAACCCCCUGACAUGUGCGUUGGCACGUGUUGGUGAUAGCUUCCCUCUUCCUUGCCCUGGCUCGCUUGUUUGUGUGCGUGUUUGCUUGUUCGUGUGCUGCCACAGCCGCCCGCUGCUGUUGCAGCAGACUUGUUGACCAAUCAAUACACAGCCUCAAAUCAAACGCAA